GUUAAUGAAAAUAUCUAUAAAUAAGGAUUAACAUGUUACGAGAUCUACAUUGACUAUUUAGUAUCAUAAUGCCUGUACAGCAGAUAAAUGUAAAAAAUUCUUCCGAUAUCGAAAGUUGGGAAUGGGGCGGGGGAUGUGGCAAAGAAACAGUUCGCGCAGGGUCUGGUAGCAGCCAAACUUCCUGCAGCAAUUCCAGCGGUGAUAUUUGUCGUAUUUGCCACUGUGAAAGUGAAGUUCACAAUCCCUUACUUGCACCUUGUUACUGUUCUGGAAGCCUUAAAUAUGUUCAUCAGAGUUGUCUUCAACAGUGGCUGACUGCAUCCGAAACAAGAUCAUGUGAAUUAUGCAAAUUUAAUUUUAUUAUGCAUACAAAAAUAAAACCAUUCAGCGAGUGGCGCUUGUUAGAAAUGUCUGGGGUGGAACGUCGUCGGUUGUGUUGUGCCGUACUCUUCCACUGUGUUGCAGCCCUAUGUGUCAUGUGGUCCCUAUUUGUGCUGAUAGAGCGAGCCGUGGAAGAGGUCAACCGGGGUCUUAUAGCAUGGCCGUUUUGGACGAAGCUUGUGGUCGUCGCAGUGGGAUUCACCGGUGGGGCAGUGUUCAUGUAUAUACAAUGUCGGCAGUAUUUACAUCUGUGUAAUCGUUGGCGAGCUCACAACAGAAUACUACUGAUACAGAACGCGCCGGAGAAGAUACCGAUGACCGGGUCCCCGCCGAUGCGCAAGCGGCGCGAGCGGAGCAUGCGCGGGCAGGUGGUGGCCAACAUCGAGCCGCCGCCGCCACCCGCCGUCUACCACGAGGAGGACGAGAGCGGCGGCUUCGAGACGUACCGCGGCAACCCGCACCGCCGCCUGUCCGCGCUCGCCGACGAGCGCCGCUGCUCCGACACGCGCCUCGCGCACCCCGCGCUCCCCGCACACCUCGCCGUGCUCUCCGCGCACGAGGGGGGCGUAUACCACAUCAACGUGGACCCACUGGAGGCGGACAUCCGUGAGUUACUGGCGCUGGAGGCGCGGCGUGAGGCCCGAGCCGCUCGUUCGCUGCCCAACCUGCGCGCCAGCCACGAGAGCUUACUGCCCGAGCCCGCCCAGGCCCCGCCCGCCCACUCGCCGCCCGCCCACGCGCCGCCCGCCCCCGCCCGCGCCUCCUGA